CGAAGCUUAUAUCGAAUAGCCUGGUUCUUUGAAUAUUCUUACCGCUCAACCUCUCAGCUACUCAAUCACUGCCACAAAACCGAACAAAAAAUUUCAACAUGGCCACCAUGAAAGCCGUCAAGCACGAACCUCAGGGAAGCCUCUCCAUCGUUGAAGUUCCAAUUCCGGAUAUCAAAGAGGGUCAGUACCUCGUCAAGACAGUCGCAGCAGCCCAUAAUCCAAUCGACAAUGAUAUCAUCGACUACGGACUUGCUGGUGGCCCUGGCUCCUCCAUCGGCUUCGAUUUCGCCGGAAUCAUCGAACGGACUGGCCCGGGAACCUCCGGUCGCUUUUCUCCGGGUGACCGAGUCGCCGGAAUGGUUCAUGGGUGCAAUACCCAUACUCCGACUGAAGGGGCAUAUCAGGAAUACAUUCCGGCGGAGGAACACAUAAUGUGGAAGGUUCCGGAAAACAUCGAUCUUAAGCAGGCUUCAGCACUUGGCGCCGCGGUGGUGACCUCGGCCUUGAGUCUUUAUCAUGAGUUGAAGGUUCCAGUCCUGGGAGAGGGUAAGGUAGAUGAGGGGACUUGGUUGUUUGUUUAUGGAGGGAGUAGCUCGGUUUCACAGGCUACUAUUCAACUUGCGAAGUUGUCUGGGUUUAGGAUCGUUGCUACUGCGAGUAAGAGGAAUCACGAGUUGGUCAGAAGUCUCGGCGCCGAGUACGUUUUUGAGUACAGGGAUAUAGACGAGUGCAUCAAGAACGUUAAAUCUGUGGUCGGGGAUGAUCUUCGGUACGCACACGAUAGCAUCUGCCAGGGUGAUUCCACCAGGAUUGUCCUUGACUGCAUUAGCUCUAGGGGGGGUAAGGUUUCCUGCACGGUCCCCGUCCCGCCCGAGAAGGUCACCAGGACGGACGUUCAAAUGCUCAGCAUCGACGCCUUUGCUAUUCCCGGCCUGGCAUACUCCUUCAUGGGAAACGAAUACCCUGCCGACCCCACCUCCAAAGCACUCAUUAAGAAGUUCUCGCCCAUCUUCGAAAGGUUGCUUGCAGACGGGGCAUUCAAAUUGCAGGGCAUCAGGGAGAUCCCCGGGGGCUUGGAGGGCGUCAAGGAAGGGUUCGCGGAGAUCAAAGCUGGGAAGGCAAAUCAAUUGAAGUUGGUUUACGUGGUUUAGGGUGAUGUGUUUUGUGCCCUCCUGAUAUGGAGCAUGCAUAAGUUUGUGGAUUUUGGGGUGGGGGUUGCGGGUUGCGGUUGGGGGGUCGCGAUUUGUUUGGUAGUUUUUAUGAAUUGAUGAUUGGAAUUUU